GGUUCGCUUCGUUAGCCGGCAACGAAAGUAGCGCAAAUUACUUAAAAAUACCAGAAACGAAAAUAUUGGAACAGCCGCUGGCCUGGCCUGCUCUGCUCUGCUCUGGCAGUUUCAGUCGAUCCACACACGGGAACACCUCUAUAGCUGGUCCCUCAGCUGUUGCCGCUUCAUUCCGCUUCUGUUGUUCGCCGCGUGAAAAACAUGAAAUUGAAAAUCAAUUUGACGUUCCUCUGGGCGACACUCGUCGGCCUCCUGUCCAUCAUUCUAUUGACACAGACCGCGCAAAUUGAGGCAUCGAGCGCUGGCGCUGAUGCGACAUGCAAGGAGCUGAACAAUGUCAACUGCUAUGUGGGCCGCAACGAGGGCAACUUUUGCAACAGCAAGGAUCAGACGAAGUCGGUCACCCGAUGGUAUUACGACAAGGGCAUCUGUCGAUCCUUCACCUACAAAGGCUGCAACGGCAAUCGGAAUCGCUUCUGCACCCAGGAGAGCUGCGACGUGCGCUGCGGUGAAGAUUGAUCAGGAACAUUGACCAUAGAAGUCCCUACAUCACCUUAGCUGAUAAGUUUGUAUGUUUUAGGCUAAGCAUUCAAAGCAAAUAGAGAUCGGAUCGCAGGCAA